AUGGAGGAUGGAUCUUCAGUUAAGAACACCUACCACGAGACACGUGCUUUAAGAUCUUUGAGAAAAAAUGCACAGAAUUCUUCAGAUUCUAGUAUUGAUAAGAAUAUGAAAAUAACAGAAAAACAUAUUAAUGACAGGCAUUUUACAAGGCAGUUGGCCAGACAACAGGCUGAUAAAAAAAAAGAAGAAAGCAAAGAAGAUAGGACAAUUCAAGUUACUCGGUCAUUGAGGACUAGAAAUGAUCCAACCACGAAACAUAUGCGUGAAGAAAAUGGUGAUGUUGAAGUUCGUCGCAGCUGUAGGAUUAGAAGUCGUUACAGUUCUGUGAACCAAUCUGUGCUAUUUGAUAAACUGAUAACAAACACUGCUGAAGCUGUUCUCCAAAAGAUGGAUGACAUGAAGAAGAAGUUACGAAGAAAGCGAAUGAGAGAGCUUGAUGACUUGGGAGUGUUUAAUGAACCAGAAGAAGGGAAUCUGAAUAUGUAUACAAGAGGAAAACAAAAACGUAUUGAUGAAGAAACAACUGACAAUCAGGAAGGCAGUGCAGGGGUUACUCCUGGCUAUGCGCUCAGAAAUCGCUCCUGGCUUAGGGGACCAUAUGGGACGCCUCGGGAUCGAACCGUGGUCCGUCCUAGAUUAGCUCGUGCAAGGCAGACGCCCUACCGCUUGCGCCAUCGCUCCAGAACCUCUAAAAGUUUCUUAAUUGUAGAAUCUUCUGAAGAGGGAGAAGACCGAGAAGAUGAAGAUGAUGUUGAAGAUGAAGAUGGUGAAGAUGAAGAUGAUGAAGAUGAAGAAGAUGGAGAAGAUAAUCAGAAACGAUACUAUCUUAGACAAAGGAAAGCCACAGUUUACUACCAAUCUCCACUGGAAAAACCUCGUCACCAAAGAAAGACCAACAUAUUUUAUAGUGGCCCUGCUUCUCCUGCAAGACCACGAUAUCGACUAUCUUCUGCUGGCCCAAGAAGUCCAUAUUGUAAACGAAUGAACAGACGAAGGCAUGCUAUCCACAGUAGUGACUCUACUUCCUCUUCCUCUUCAGAAGAUGAACAACAUUUUGAGAGGCGAAGAAAAAGGAAUCGUAACAGAGCUAUUAACAGGUGCCUCCCACUAAAUUUUCGAAAAGAUGAAUUAAGAGGAAUUUAUAAAGAUCGAAUGAAAAUUGGAGCAAGCCUUGCUGAUGUUGAUCCAAUGCAACUAGAUUCUUCAGUCCGAUUUGAUAGUAUUGGUGGCCUCUCUCAUCAUAUUGCUGCUCUAAAAGAGAUGGUGGUGUUUCCAUUACUUUAUCCAGAAGUCUUUGAAAAAUUCAAAAUUCAACCUCCAAGGGGUUGUUUAUUUUAUGGUCCACCUGGAACAGGAAAAACUUUGGUUGCUAGAGCCCUUGCCAAUGAGUGCAGUCAAGGAGAUAAGAGAGUGGCAUUUUUCAUGAGGAAAGGUGCUGAUUGUCUCAGUAAAUGGGUAGGCGAAUCUGAAAGACAACUACGAUUGCUGUUUGAUCAGGCUUAUCAGAUGCGCCCAUCAAUAAUUUUCUUUGAUGAAAUUGAUGGCCUCGCACCAGUGCGAUCAAGCAGGCAAGAUCAAAUUCAUAGCUCUAUAGUUUCUACUCUGCUAGCACUUAUGGAUGGAUUGGACAGCAGAGGAGAAAUUGUAGUCAUUGGUGCCACCAAUAGAUUGGACAGUAUAGAUCCUGCCUUACGAAGACCUGGUCGUUUUGACAGAGAAUUCCUUUUCAGCCUACCCGAUAAAGAUGCUCGUAAAGAAAUACUAAAGAUCCACACACAGCAUUGGGAUCCUAAACCUCUGGACAUAUUUCUAGAAGAAUUAGCAGAAAACUGUGUUGGCUAUUGUGGUGCAGAUAUUAAGUCAAUAUGCUCUGAGGCUGCUUUAUGUGCUCUGCGUCGACGCUACCCACAGAUCUAUACCACUACUGAGAAACUGCAGUUGGAUCUGUCUUCAAUUAAUAUCUCAGCUAAGGACUUUGAGGUGGCUAUGCAAAAAAUGAUACCAGCCUCUCAGAGAGCUGUAACAUCACCUGGGCAGGCACUAUCGACUAUCGUGAAACCACUCCUGCAAAGCACUGUUCAAAAGAUCUUGAAAGCUCUGCAGAGGGUAUUUCCACAUGUGGAAAUAAAAAGUAAGGAAGCAUUGGAUGCAGACAUUUCUUGUCCUCUGUUAGAAAGUGACUUGGCUUACAGUGAUGAUGAAAUUCCAUCAGUAUAUGAAAAUGAACUAUCUCAAAAAUCUUCUAAUAAGGCAAAAGAAAAAUUUAAUUUUCUUAAUUUGAAUAGAAAUGCUUGUUUUCAACCUUUGUCUUUUCGACCAAGAAUAUUGAUUGUGGGAGAACCAGGAUUUGGGCAAGGUUCUCAUUUAGCACCAGCUGUUAUCCAUGCUUUGGAAAAAUUUGCAUUAUAUACAUUAGAUAUUCCUGUUCUUUAUGGAGUCAGUGCUACAUCUCCCGAAGAAACAUGUGCACAGAUGAUUCGUGAAGCAAAGCGAACAGCUCCAAGUAUAGUCUAUGUUCCUCAUAUCCACUUGUGGUGGGAAAUAGUAGGACCAACUCUCAAAGCCACAUUUACUACAUUGUUGCAGAAUAUUCCUUCAUUUGCUCCAGUUUUACUACUUGCAACCUCUGACAAACCCCAUUCGGCUCUGCCAGAAGAGGUGCAAGAAUUAUUUAUUCAUGACUAUGGAGAGAUUUUUACUGUCCAAUUACCUUGUAUUGAAGAAAGGAAAACGUUUUUUGAAGAUCUAAUUCUAAAGCAAGCUGCUAAGCCUCCUGUAUCAAAAAAGAAAGCAGUUUUGCAGGCCUUGGAGGUUCUCCCAGUGGCACCACCACAGGAGCCAAGACCAUUGACAGCUGAAGAAGUGAAACGGCUAGAGGAACAAGAAGAAGAUACCUUUAGAGAACUGAGGAUUUUCUUAAGAAAUGUUACACACAGGCUUGCUAUUGACAAGCGAUUCCGAGUAUUUACUAAACCUGUUGAUCCAGAUGAGGUUCCUGAUUAUGUCACUGUAAUAAAACAACCAAUGGACCUUUCCUCUGUAAUCAGUAAAAUUGAUCUCCACAAGUAUCUGACGGUAAAAGACUAUUUGAGUGAUAUUGACCUGAUCUGUAGUAAUGCUUUAGAAUACAAUCCAGAUAAAGAUCCUGGAGAUCGUCUGAUCAGACAUAGAGCUUGUGCUUUAAGAGAUACUGCCUAUGCAAUAAUUAAAGAAGAACUGGAUGAAGACUUUGAGCGACUUUGUGAAGAAAUUCAGGAAUCUAGAAAGAAGAGAGGUUGUAGCUCCUCCAAAUAUGCCCCUUCUUACUACCACGUGAUGCCAAAACAGAGUUCUGUUCCUGGUGAUAAAAGAGCAUCCGCAGAGCAGAAUGAAAAGCUAACAACAUCCAGUACUCCUGUGGCUUGCAGCACUCCUGCUCAGCUGAAGAGGAAAAUUCGCAAAACGUCAAAGUGGAACUUUGGCUCCAUAAUAAAACGAAAGAAAAUCACACAGGUAAAAGAUGAUAGCAAAAAUGUCACGGAUGACAAAACUGAGAGUGAUACAGAGGAAAAUCAGGAAACAAGUAUAGAUCAUAAUGAGACUGGAAACACAGGAGAGUCUUCACUGGAAGAAAAUGAAAGCAAAGUAGAAUUGGGAAAUAAUUCAAGUACUUGUAAUACUGAGAAUGAACUCAACGAAAGUAGGAAGACUAUAUCUUGUCCAGAAUUGAAGAAAGACAACAUUGCUUGCAAUGGAGAUGCUUCUAACUCUCAGAUUAUAGAUGUUUCUGAUGAAAAUGAAGAAAAAGAAAUUUGUGUUCUGCGAAUGACUCGAGCUAGACGUUCCCAAGUAGAGCAACAGCAGCUCAUCAGUGUUGAAAAGGCUUUGGCAAUUCUUUCUCAACCUACACCCUCACUUAUUGUGGACCAUGAACAGUUAAAAAACCUUUUGAAGACUGUUGUCAAGAAAAGUCAAGGAUAUAAUAUUUUUCAGUUGGAAAAUUUGUAUGCAGUGAUCAGCCAGUGUAUAUAUCAGCAUCGCAGGGACUAUGACAAAACAAAACUCAUUCAGAAAAUGGAGCAAGUCAUAGAAAACUUCAGUUAUUCAAGAUCAUGAUGACGUGGGAUCAGUGGUUUUUAUAUCCGGUUGCUUUUUCAUCCAUUUUUGCAAUGUCCACAUAACUGAUGCAAGAGUAAAAAAAAAAAUCCUGCAUCUUUAAAGAAAAGAUUGAAAUAGUAAAUAAAUAUAUUUAAA